AUGUCGGAGCACGAAACCACUGUGUUCUCGAGAGUGUCGCCUGUCAGAGGACAAUGUCUGAUUAUUCAGGGACUUCCCGAAUCCACAGCUGGUGCCUCCAAAGAGCGGGUCUCGGCAGACCUGAAACUCUUCCAAUGCCUACUCAACGAAAUUCUGCGCCCCAAUGAGGAAGUUUCGGUUCUCAAGGCCUUUAGGCUUGGAAAGCGCUCAAUCGAUAUAACAGAGCACUCACGUCCCCGACCACUCAAGAUUGUGUUAGCCAACCAAGAACAAGUAGGACUUAUUCUCUCACGACGUUUCCGAAUCAAAGACACCAACCGCGGCGUUUUUUUUCAGCCGGACUACACACCGGCAGAGAGAAUAAAACGUCGACAAUUAGUUCUGUAACUGAGAACAAGGUUGCAGAAUGGCGAGACGGAUCUUGUGAUCUACAACAACCAGAUAGUGCAGCGCCCUCCCCUAAUACGUUGGACCGAACCGAUCCGGAUGAGAGCACAGUAGCUUCCUUAAAUGGGAUCACAAGCGGCACCAUAAUCAAACGCCCCAAAACUCUGAAACUAACAUUUUUUACACCAACGUGCAGAGUAUAUUGCCCAAGUUAGACGAACUGAAGAUCCACAUCUGUGACCUUUCCCCUGACAUUGUCUCUUUGACAGAAACCUGGCUGUCUGAAAACGUGGAUGACCGCGAAUUAAUGCUACCAGGAUUUCAGCUGUCUCGAAGAGACAGGAGAGAGCGUCAGGGAGGAGGAGUCGUCACGUACGUAAAACACGGCCUGCUUGUGUCAGAAAAAACAGAACAGUUUGCCUGCAGCGCCGAGACUAUCUGGCUCAAUAUAAGGGUACCAGGAUCACAUAGCCUUGAAGUUCUGACCGCCUAUCGACCACCGAGGAGUGACCCCGAGGCUGACGCUCGUCUGUUAGAGGAGCUAGGACGAUUUGCUCUCCGGCCUGACGUCCUAAUCAUGGGCGACUUCAAUGCACCGCUCAUUGAUUGGAGUUCACUAUACGCGCGCGGCCCAGAACUAGCUUUCGACCGACGCUUCUUGGACAUGGCACUCAGGUCAUUUCUCACACAGCACGUCCUAUUUCCCACGAGGGUCCGUGAGGGGCAGCAGUCAAACUGCUUGGACCUGGUGCUCACGGAAUCGAUGGACAGCAUAGAUGAGGUACAAUGUCUGCCUCCCUUAGGUCGAAGCGAUCACGUUGUACUUCAAUGGGACUAUUCAAUCUUUUCCGUGCCUGAACAGCCCACCAAAAUUAGAAGAAAUAUUUGGCGUGGGGACUUCGAUCAAAUGAAGGCCGAAAUCAACAAUACGGACUGGGAAUCAGCGUUUUCCGGAAAUAUAGAGGAGGAUUGGAAAUGGUUCAGUGAAUUAUUGCAUGCUCUCCUGACAAACCACUGCCCGCUUUCACGGAAGGGGCUAAACAAACGACCCCGGUGGCUGACCCAGGCGUUAAAAAAGGAAAUAAAUAAAAAACGGAGAUUGUGGCAGAAAUCUCUUACUGAUGGGACUCCUGUAUCCAUAAACGCAUACAAAAUACAGAGGAACUUAGUCAAGCGGCUGACCCUCAGGACACGGCAAAAUUUUGAAAAAGACCUAUUGAAUCGUGCUAUGGAAAAUCCAAAAUUAUUCUACAGCUACAUAAGAAGCAGCACACGAACCAGAGAUCCAAUCCCCCUCCUGAAGACUAGCGGCGACGUAGAGAUUAGUGAGGAUGGAGAAAAAGCUGAGCACUUUUCACAAUUUUUCAAAUCCAUCUUUACUAGUGAAAGUCCAUUUACUCCCCCCGACUACGACUUCGAUGAGGGUCCAAAAAUCGAGUCUGUGUCUUUUGAUGAAGCGACGGUUCGCAAAGAGCUAAUGACGCUAAAUGAGUCGAAAUCACCAGGUCCAGACGACAUACCGCCUAAGUUACUGAAGGAGCUCGCUGCCGAACUAGCCAAACCAUUGUCCAUGCUUUUCCAAGCCUCGUUCGAAGCCGGCGGCUUGCCCGCCGACUGGAAAUCUGCGCGGAUCACACCACUGCAUAAAGGAGGCAGCAAGGCCUCUGCAAACAAUUACAGGCCAAUUAGCCUCACUUCCAUCUGCUGCAAACUCGUGGAGAAAAUAAUCAAGCGAGAGCUGAUGCGCUUCCUAGAGCAGCAUAAUUUAUUAUCUGAUGCGCAGCAUGGGUUUCGUAUUGGCAGGUCUUGCGUGACUAACCUGCUCAACUGUUUGGAACGUUGGACUCGGUCAGUUGAUGAAGGCAGUGCGCUGCAUGUAGUCUAUAUCGACUUUAAAAAGGCAUUUGAUAGUGUCCCACAUCAGCGACUCCUGCACAAACUGAGCCGAACAGGCGUUAGGGGUAACCUCUUAAAAUGGAUUCAAAGCUUCCUGUUAGACCGUUGUCAAACUGUCCAUGUCGGUGGCCAGAAGUCGACGGAGGUUGCCGUUGAAAGCGGUGUUCCCCAAGGCUCAGUUCUUGGCCCUACUUUGUUCAUCAUUUACGUCAACGAUUGCGUGAGUGAACUGGAUUGUGGUGUCGCCAUGUUUGCGGAUGACAUUAAGCUCUGGAGCGUCAUUCGAACUGCAGAUGACGAAGAGCAUCUUCAGGCGAACCUAAAUCGACUCCAACAGUGGUCAAAGGCCUGGCUUCUGCCGUUCAACGAGAAAAAGUGUAAUAUUCUACGAGUCGGCAGGGCUCGCUCUCCGAACCAUAUGGCCUACUGCCUAAAUGGUAUACCACUGCAAGAAGUGGACUCGCAGAAGGACUUGGGAGUAUGGAUUACGACCUCGCUCAAACCCUCGCUGCACUGCACGAAGAUAGCCAAGUCUGCAAUGUCAGUCCUCUACCUUGUCAAGCGGGCUUUCUCUGCCUUUGACGAAGACUGCUUCGCUAAAGUCUUUCGAACUUUUGUGCGUCCGCAACUAGAAUUUGCUAUCCAAGCUUGGAGACCCUGGACCGCGAAGGACCUCAGCAUCCUUGAAAGGGUUCAAAGGCGUGCAACGAAACUUGUGGCAGGACAGGGUUCACUACCAUAUGCAACGCGGUUAGCUAACCUUCAUCUCUUUCCCUUGAGUUACAGGCAGUUACGGGGUGACCUGAUACAAGUCUUCCGUAUCAUACGCGGUCAGGACUGCAGCCUCGUACCGGGUGACUUCUUCGAGUUAGCAACCACCACAAAUCUACGAGGCCAUCCAUUCAAACUACGUGUGACAGGGGCCAGACUGGACACACGAAAGUUCUUCUUCUCCAACAGAGUAGUAGAAGCCUGGAAUGCCCUGCCUGUGGAUGUCGUUAUGUCUGCUUCCGUCGAGGUUUUUAAGAGGAAGCUGGAUUUGUGUAGCAGUGUGCACUAA